AACAAAAUCACACUGUAUUUUCCUCUGACCUAAUGUGCUGAAUUGUGCCCAAAUACAAAUAUGAUAGGAACAGUGACGGAACUUAUAGGUUUUAGGUGCACAAUUGUAAUGGAAGGUCAGAAAUCUCCUAGAAGAAGCCCACGAAUUCGAAUUGUUGAUUCAACCGACAGUGGUGAAGUGAAUGUCGGUCCAACUUUUAGUUUGAGAAUUUCUGCAAAUCAAUCUCUAGAAGAAGCUAGUGGUGAGGUUAAUCAAAAUUUUCAAGCAUUGCAUGUGAAGAAAAAGGGCGGUAGAAGUAAGAAAAAAACCAAUGAAUUGAGUUCUAAAUCUAAAUCGAAAAGAAAACGAGUUGAUGCUGCAUCGGCAUCUAAGAAAUUUGUUGACAGUGGUGAUGAUUUUGAGGAUUUACCUCCUCAAUUUCAGUCAAAGAAAGUGAAACCUACAGUUGCUCAGGAGAAGAAUCUAAAAAUUCGAAAUCGAUUGUGCAAAAAUACGGUUCUACCGGAGAGUUUAUAUCCGGUAUGUCAUUCUACCAACACAUUAUUUAACUGA